AUGACCUGGGCCCCGAGCGCUCAUGCUGUGAACUACACAGCUACAGUCACUGGCGCCCAUGGUCACGUGGUCACAUGCUCCUCUGAAUCAACAACCUGUUCAGUAAAGUUGAACUGCGGAUAUCGGUACACAGCAACUGUCAUCGCUUCCAGUUCAUCAUGUGACAGUCUCACAGGGGCUACUGCAACAUUUGACUCAGCUCCUUGCUUACCUGACAGGGUUGAGGCAGAGCUCUACUGCAAUAACAACUCGUUUGCGGUGCAGUGGAGGGGAAGCGUUGGCGGCGAAACCUCUUACACAGCCAUCGCCAUUGGCAGGGAUGAUACCAACACAACCUGCAACACCACAAAUACACACUGCACCAUCCAGAACCUAAAAUGUGGCCUGAACUAUGGUAUUGUUGUCACAACACCUUCAGUCAGCUGUGGUCAGCUGUAUUCUGACUACAUGAUACAGUCAGCUCCAUGUGAACCAAACAGUGUGAUGGUGAAUCUACAGUGCAGCACCAACGUGGCGUUGGUGACCUGGGGAAACUCUGGUCCAGAUCAGACACAGGUGGUGUCAGCCGUGGACAGCAGAGGAGUGACAACCACCUGUAACUCCAGCAGCUCCAACUGUACUUUUGACCAGCUGCUUUGUGGGGAGAGCUACACAGUCAAUGUGGUCAGCCACACUAAUUCGUGCAGCAGUGAACCAGCGUUUGCCCAAGGAUUUGAAACCGCUCCCUGCAUGCCCACCCACGUGACAGCACAUGUGGACUGCGAUACCGGCAUCACUAUGGUAACGUGGGAUGAAUCACGUGGCGCCGCAUCUUAUACUGUCUACGCGUGGGGCAAUCAUGGUCACAACGACGAAUGCAACGCCACGGACACCUUUUGUGAUUUCCCUCACCUGGCGUGUGGACAAGAUUAUACCAUAACUGUUGUGGCUCGCCAUGACACCUGCGUCAGUUUGGUUAGCGAGUCCAUCUAUGCCAGCACAGGUCCUUGUCCUCACUCUGGUCUGGAGACUAUACUGGACUGUGACGCCAAUACAGUUGCGGUGUCUUGGACACACGGGAGUGGCAUUCGCUACUACAACACUUCCGCCGAUGCCUUUGACAUUACACAUGAGGAGACUUGUUCCACCAAUAGCACCUCCUGUAAUAUCAGCUCUCUGCACUGUGGGGAGAGCUACAAAAUAAGUGUUAGCGGACAAGGAUGGAACUGCUCCAGUCCUGCUCAGGACUGGCACCGCAUAGUUGCAGCUCCCUGCCCCCCGACCCACCUCCGUGUCGACUCUUCCUGCGAAUCAAACGACAUCUCAGUGUCCUGGCAAGCCUCGCAAGGCUCAGUGACCUACGUGGCGGUAGCAGAGAAUGCACAAGGCCAGCGAUGGAUGUGCAACACCAGCAGCACCUCUUGUUCCAUAUCCGGUCUGCUGUGCGGACAACAGUACCAGGUCUAUGUUGCUGGUGCAGAUGAAAAGUGUAUUGGAGCCAAAAGUAACAUUGAGGAGUUUCAAACAGCCCCGUGUGUACCACAGAAUAUCCAAAACGACCUAGACUGUCUAUCAGGUGUCCUCAACAUUACCUGGCAGUCAACAGGUUAUGCGCCAUACUUUCAUGCUUCCGUGGUGAGCAUCGAAGGUGACGUCAGAAUGUGCAAGACAGACACUCAUGACUGCAUAGUGCAGGGCAUGCGGUGUGGGCUCACCUACAAUGUGACAGUCGUGGCCCAAGAUGGUACCUGCAAUAGUUCCCACAGCCCAGCAGAGCAGGUCACCACAGCUCCAUGUGCUCUGUCAUCCUUCCUUCACACCGUGGACUGUGAGACCGGAAUUGUAUUUGUAAACUGGACCAACAGCAUCGCGGGUGUCAUGUACGCAGUGUCCGCUGUUGACGCUUCAGGUCGUGAGCAUAACUGCAGUGCUGCAAACAGCGGUUGUGGUCUGAACACACUGGAUUGUGGGAAAGAGUACAACAUUACAGUCACCCCAUCAAGGGAUGGAUGCGUGGGUACAGACAGCCCAACAAUGUGGAUUCAAACAGUCCCUUGCACACCUCACCUCUCUGAUGUGGAGAUCGACUGCCUUACAAACUCAGCCUGGGUGAUAGGCCAUGAGGCUGCAGGUGCAGAAGAUUACAUUGUCUUGGUGACAGACAGCCUCGGUGACGUCCAAAUGUUUCCGUGCAACUCCACUUCUGACAGCACUUGCGUUCUGCCUCUGCUGAUGUGUAGCCAAAACUUUACAUUCAGCCUGAAAGCCCGUGGCCAGCAGUGCACCAGUCAACCCAGCAACGUUGUCACAACUCACACAGCUCCUUGUCCUCCUGUAGUUCUAGAAAAGUCAGUCAGUUGUGACAACGGCACUAUCAGCAUCUCCUGGGCAACCGUUCCCGGUGCUGUAUCAUACACGGCCACACUGGAGCAGAUGAACAAACACACAGCCUGUUGCACCACGUCGGACACAAGCUGUGACAUCACUGGCCUGCCAUGUGGAGAGAUGUAUGUCCUGCUUGUCAUGGCCGAGGGACAAACCUGUAACAGUUCUCAGAGUCAAGGAGACGUAGUCAGGACAGUGCCAUGUGUUCCCCAAAAUCUCCAAUCAAGCCUGAGUUGCAUUGACAACAUGGCAUCCAUGUCAUGGAACCACACCAAUGGAGGUCAGAUGUACCGUGUGAGGGCCACAAGUAUGACUGGAGAGAUGGACGAGUGCAGCACCCAUGAAACAAAAUGUGACCUGACUGGCCUGAGCUGUGGGCAGCUUUACGCAGCGUCUGUGACGGCAGAGAACAGCGACUGUCAGAGCGAACCAAGCGAGAGUGUAACAAUCAAGACUGUGCCAUGCACCCCUGAAAAUAUCUCCUCCACGGUGGACUGUGACACAAAUUCUCUGAACGUGCACUGGUCCGAGAGCUCAGGGGCCGACUCUUACAUCGCCACUGUGUUGGACAGCAAUGGGCAGACCACAACAUGCCAGGGCACAAAUGGGUCCUGUGGCAUAAUGGGAAUAGGUUGCGGCCUGAUAUACCAUGUGUCUGUGGUCUCGUCUGAUGGUUACUGCAGCAGCCCGCCCACUAAAUUAAUCGACACUGUCCCAGUCCCCUGUCCACCAACUCAUAUUACGGCAGAGCUGGACUGCUACACACAAACUGCUACAGUGGGCUGGUAUCCAAGUGAUGGUGCUGUGUCUUACACGGUCAAGGCCACCAACCCUGGUGACCUUACGACCUGUGAAACCAACACUACCAACUGUGAUCUAGAAAGGCUGCUUUGUGGACAAAGCUACUCCAUCGCUGUCAUAGCUGUGGGAAGUACCUGCAGCACCGUCGCUUACAUGACUGGAAUGCUGCUUACUGAGCCAUGCAUCCCCAGCUACAUCAGCGUCUAUUACAGCCUAUCUAUUGGCCAGGUAUUGUGGAGCUCUACCGUGGGUGCAGACAACUACGCAGUGGAAGGCGUGACAGAACAGGGUCUGAUGGUCUCGUGUAAUACCAACAACACCUACUGCGUCCUGUACAACGUGGAGUGUGGACAGAUAUACAACAUUAGUGUCACGGCAAACAAUGUUGCAUGCCAAGGUGUGUCCACCUCAACUGAAGAGGUUCAGAUUAAGACAGAGCCAUGUCCGCCCACCAACGUUCAAGCAAGCGUGAACUGCUCAAGCAACAUGGGAAGUUUGUCAUGGGAGGCUAGUUUUGGAGCUGUAGCAUACGAAGCCCACCUCGCCGGACGCGACGGCCACUCUCUGUCAUGCUACACCGAAUACACUUUCUGUAGCAUCGAAGGCCUCCACUGUGGAAAUGUCUACUACACCACCGUCACUGCUAUUGGAGAAACACUCAACAGCACUCAGUCUACUACUAUGCAUCUGGACUCAGCCCCCUGUGCGGUUACAAAUGUGGCAACUUCCUUGGUGUGCCACAACAACACAGUAGAGGUGAACUGGAGCUUUGCCGAUGGAGCCGAUUCCUACAUGGUGACUGCAGUUUCAUCUGAUGGCCACCAGGCUGUGUGUGAGAGUCAUGAGCAACAGUGUGAUUUGACAGACCUGCUGUGUGGUCAGAAGUAUAAUAUCAGCAUCACGUCCAUCAGUGACCACUGCCAAGCUGAAACAGUCAGUGAGGUCACCUUCACCACACGACCUUGUGAGCCCUUAUAUGUUGGUGUGGACCUGCAAUGUGGGACAAGCACAGCCAAUGUGUACUGGGAGAAAAGCAAGGAAGUGGGGCUUUACAUGGCAGUCGCCACCUCCAGCAUGGGAAUGUCUCACCAGUGCAACUCCACCAAUUCCAGCUGCAAGUUCUCUGACUUGGACUGUGGAGAAACAUACAGAUUCUACGUAACUGCAUUCAGUGACAUGUGCUACAGUGAAAACAGCAGCGUUGCUUACAUUCAGACAGAGCCAUGCCAGCCAACAGAACUCAGAGCUGAUGGGUCGUGUGACAAUGACACAGUUGCGGUGUAUUGGUCGGGUGGUAAAGGUGCCACAGGCUAUGUGGUGACAGCAACAGGACACCUGGGAUAUGUCACAUCUUUCCAGACUGAUGAGGCAAUGAUCGAGACAGAGCUGCCUUGUGGCCAGCUGUUCACCUUCAUUGUAAAAGCACAGGAUGAUCAAUGUGAUAGUGCUGUGAGUCAGCCUGCUAUAUUCAAGACAGGCCCUUGUGUGCCCCAACAUGUGCAGAGUCACACACACUGUGAAGACAAAAUAGGCUCAGUUAGCUGGGCUGACACAGACGGUGCAGAGUACUAUUUGGCAAUUGCAGUGGGAGAGGAUGGCCAUACCCACAUGUGUACGACAGUCAACACAAGCUGCACUUGGGACGACCUGCACUGUGGAGAGCGGUACACUGUUCAUAUCAUAGCAGAUGACGACAUGUGCAGUAGCAUGCCAAGCAACAGCACUACAAUACAAAUGGCAAGCUGCAUACCCCAAAACUUGACAUCCACAGUCAACUGCACCACAAAGGUGGCAUCACUGACAUGGAAUCCAGUUGAAACUGCAGAUUACUACAUUGUGUCAGCCGGGGCAAACAGCAGCCAUGCUGUGCAGCUUAGCACCAACGACACCUGGACCUUCUUCCAUGAGUUCCUGUGUGGUCAGGUUUACUUCCUGACCGUGCAGGCAGUCGACUCAAUGUGCACCAGCCGCCCCAGCGAGCCAUCAGUACUUAAGUCUGAGCCUUGUCCACCUACCACUGUCCUCAGUACCUUGAACUGCGAGUCAGAGAUUGGUAUGAUAUCGUGGACUGGCUCUUCUGGUGCUGAGUUCUACAUUGCCACCAUAACCCAGCAGGAUGGUCAGUCACAAAGCUGCUGGUCUGAAAGUUUGCAGUGUGGCAUGCCAUACAUCCCAUGUGGACAGAAUUUCACAGUCACUGUCGUCGCCUCCAAUGAGAAUUGCAACUCAGAGCCCAGUGAGGAGAGCACACUGCAAUCAGGACCGUGUGUACCUCGUGAUGUAGAUGUCGCACUUGACUGUACAAGCAAUGAGGCUGUUGUUACCUGGAAUGCCAGCAAGGGGGCACUGUCCUACACAGUGAUUGCUCAGAGCACACUGGGGACUCAAUCCAUCUGUGAGAGCGUUGAACCAACUUGUACCUUGACCAACUUGACCUGCGGCCAGUCCUACUUUGUCCAAGUGGUGGCCCAGGAUGAUCUCUGCACCAGUUUGCCCAGCUCCCCUGCACAGUUAAAAUCCGUUCCCUGCACACCCAACAUUGACUCAGUGGUUUUUGACUGCUUCACCAACUCUGCCUUACUGGACUGGGCGUUUGCUGAGGGUGCCUUGAACUACUCAGCCACAGCUCAGUCUUCCAGUGGCCAUGUUUCUAUCUGCAACUCCAGUUACACCAACUGUGAGCUACUGAACCUACAAUGUGGCCAGACAUACACUGUUGUCACUAUUGCAUCUGAUGAGGAAUGCAGCAGCCCCACUAGCAACAGUUUGCUGGUUGAAUCAGCUCCUUGUCCCCCUGAUGGUGUGGUCACUCUUUUGGACUGUCCUACAAACACAGCUCAGGUGGAAUGGCAGGCCAGCAUGGGGGCUGAUACCUACGAGGUCCAAGCUGUUGGCAUGGGGGAAUAUGAAUCCCUCUGUGAGACAGGAACACAGUCAUGUGUCCUCUCGGAUCUCAUGUGUGGCCUGACUUACAAUAUCAGUGUGACCGCCAUUAACAGUGUGUGUAAUGUGUCCCAGAGUAACAUCACACAGCUAAGAGCAGCGCCAUGUGUUCCUCAACAUGUGGAGGCUCGGGUGGUUUGUGAGUCCGGUGCCGUGGCACUGUCCUGGGAGCCCAGCAAAGGAGCGCUAUCUUACACUUCAGUGGCCCACGGCAGCAGUGCCUACGCAUCAGUGUGUAACAGCAGCGUGACAGCAUGCCUGUUUGAUGAUUUGAUGUGUGGUUUCAACUACUCCAUCACUGUUAGUGCCACAGAUGAAAAAUGUACCAGUGCUGGAAGCUCUGUUGUGGAACUCAACACAGUGCCCUGCGUGCCACAGAUGGUAUCGGCAGAGAUGGUGUGCAAAGAUAGCACAGGUGUUGUGUCUUGGGAAGACGGUGAGGGUGUGUCCUCCUACAUGGUGCAAGCGUUUGGACCAAAUGGUCACCGGAUUGAAUGUAACAACAUGGCACCAAGUUGUCAGCUACCCAGCAUGUACUGCGGUCAGCUUUACAACCUGACAGUGACAGCUCAGGAUGGACGCUGUAAUAACAGUCACGCUUACCUCAACUUGCAGUCAGUGCCUUGCAGGCCCACCAAUGUUAAAGCUUCUGCGCAGUGCCGCUCAAACUCUGCUGCGGUGACAUGGGAGCAUGCUGGGGGAGCCAUCUCCUACCUCGCUGUUGGUGUCACAUCAGAUGGAAGCCACCAGACUGAGUGUAACAACACCAUGACUUAUUGUGAUAUGAGUGACCUGCUGUGUGGACAGACCUAUAAUGUGAGCGUAUUUGGUCAAGAUGAGUCCUGUUCCAGUGUGGAAAGUAAUACAACGUUUCUGCAAACAGCUCCUUGUCCACCUCAGGAUGUGGCUGUUGAUGCACUUUGUGAUGAAGGUGCCAUAUAUGUGUCCUGGUCAGCCAACCCUGAUGCCCAGUCCUUCCAUGUGGUGGCAGUGAGCCAAAGCGGGGCAAGGCUCUACUGCAACUCAAGUGGCACAGUUUGCACCAUUGAUAAUCUACCCUGUGGGGAGAGCUACAGUGUUACUGUGGCCUCUGUAAGAAAUGGCUGCGAGAGCGAGCCCAGCCCCGUAGUAGAGACUUCUUCAGCUCCAUGUGUGCCCACCAAUAUCAACACAUAUCUGGACUGUGUGACGAACUCCGCCUGGAUGAUGUGGGAUCCCUCUGAGGGAGCUGUCAGCUACUUUGUACUGGCUCAAGGCGUCGGCGGUCACAACGCCACCUGUACCUCUACCUCACCUCCAUGUAAUGUUCCAGAUCUGAAAUGCGGGAUGCAUUACACCUUCCAUGUGACUGCUGUCAACAAACACUGCCACAGUAAUCAGAGCACCCCCUUUGAGCUUGAGACAGGUCCGUGCGCCCUAACGUCAAUCAGCACAGCGACACAAUGCAACAGUGACACCAUCCUUGUCGAAUGGGCGAUGUCAAAUGAGACACCUUUUUACGUGGCCACAGCUGAGGGCUAUGACAAAUCUCUUACUUCUUGUAACAGCACCUCCAGUUCGUGUGAACUCCAGGGUAUCCACUGUGACAUGCACUACAGCAUCAUUGUAUCAGCUUCUUCUGAUAGGUGCAGCAGCCUUAGAAGUCCACCAGCAAUGAUCACAACAGCUCCCUGCGCCCCACAAAAUGUAACUGCGGUGCCGGCUUGUGAGGAGAACGGCGCCAUAGUGACAUGGGCCCACUCUCCUGUGGCUACAUCAUACCUGCUGACAGCUGCAGGGAGAGAUGGACAUGUUGCAAGCUGCAACAGCACCGUCAAUAACUGCACCCUUGCAGAUCUCCACUGUGGCCAGCCCUACAGCUUGAGCAUCACCGCCAGGGGCGAUAACUGCACCAGUGAACCUACUACUGCAUCUUUCAGAACAGUGCCUUGUGCACCUUCUGGCCUUGCAGUGUCUUUUGAAUGUGAGAACACUGCUGCCAUCCUUACAUGGACCUCCUCUGAGGGUGCUGCAAAGUAUUACGGCUGUGCCAAAUCUAUGAAUGGAGAGAUUCUUUACUGUGACAGCACCAUCACAUCCUGCACUAUCGAAGGCCUGCAAUGUGGGGACAUGUACAACUUCUCGGUUGAAGCCACCGACAGCUUCUGCAACAGUUCCUAUAGUGCGCCUGUGGAGAGAGGAGCGGCUCCUUGCGCUCCCACUGCUCUGGAUGUUGGGAUGCAGAGAAUAGACCAUAAUCAAUGGCUCAUGUCCUCGUGGGAAACAGUUGACUGUCCCAAUGUCGAGUACUUAGUGGAAAUAUCUGGUCAAAUCCAAGACAACCCACAGGCCCUGAUGAGUGUUUCUUCUUAUUGGCUGUCCAUACCAUACUUUGAGACCCUGAUGCCUUGCAGCACACCUUAUAAUCUCACAAUAAGCUCCAGAAACUCAGCCGGAGCCAGUGAGCCUUCUAGUGCCUAUAUGGGAGUCACAGCACCCUGUGCUCCAAAGAAUGUACAAUACACUGAUAGCACUGAGUCUGCUACACUCUCCUGGGAUGCAUCAGUGCUUGCCACAGGUUACACUGUCUACGAUGUCUCCGGGGAAGGCCGUGUUGUGCUUUGCAGCACCACCGGCCUCUCUUGCCAGCUGACCAACUUCAGUCCGGGUUACAUCGAGGUGACAGCCAGCAACGCUGUUGGAGAGAGCAUCCCAAGUGGAAACAUUACAGGUCCAGUAGGAUCUCGGAGGAAGAGAGAUUUGCGGGCUUCUCUGAUCCAUGCCACCUUUGACAAUGAGUAAGAAUUGUGGAAGGAAAUUAUUACACUGAGGCUGACCUCAAGCCUUGGACUAGCUACUGUAUCAAGCUGGCAGCCAGAAACCCCUGUCAGCCAAAGUGACGACAGCACGCCAAAAUGCAAAAUCACUGGUGGUGACUCCUAGUGAAACACAUCCACUUAAAAGGACAUUGGACUGCACAUUUUGUUUAUUUAGCUUAUGUAGAUUCUAGUGAUCCUAACUGGUAUGCUGCAUUAUAGAUGUAAGUGUAUUUAUCAUAAACUGUAUUAUUUUUGUAGAUAGGUAAGUGCAUAUUUUGGGCUGAAUAUCACAUUGUGAAUGGACUAGUCAACUUAAAAACUGGGAAUUUAUCCAGCAAUGUUGUAUAGCACCAUGCAGUGUAUGUAUUUUCUGAGUAAUGUAUGACAUGACUUCUCAAACAGAAAGUAGGCCUACUUC